CCUUGCCACCGGAGUUGAAGUCGAAGAAGGCCAUUGUUAACGUGCAGAACACUGACAACAAGUGUUUACUGUAAGUAUAGCAGUGGGGUUUCAGUGUGGUGAUACGGUGUAUGGAUUGAACUGUAUGCCGCCUGUCCAUGUCUUAUGUCAUCCGUACUUUAGAUGGUCAAUACUGGCUGCUAAAUUUUCGGCAGACAAGUCUCAUCCAUGUCGUCAAUCGUCGUACGUAGAACAUGCGGAUACUGUGGAUGUGAGCGGCAUCGAGUUUCCAGCAAAACUGGAAGACAUACCAGUCAUCGAAAGACUGAACGACGGUCUUUACAUCAACGUCUUCGGAUAUGAAGAGAAAGUCAUAUAUCCGUUAAGAAUUUCUCAGCAACCGCAGACCGCCAUCAAUGUAUUGCUCAUCCAAGACGAACGCAAUGACGUGGAGGUGCAGCACUGGGUGUGGAUAAAGUCAUUCAGUCGUCUUGUUGCUACUGGAGCACGUCGAGCACAUUUUGUCUGCUUCAGAUGUCUCUCAACACACGUCACGGAGAAGGCAUUGAAUAAUCAUAUGAUGUACUGCAGUGAACAUCCUGAAGCUACGGUGGAGAUGCCAAAGGCUGGCGAUAGAGUGAUGUUCAGGAAUGUGAACAAGCAGCUUCAAGCCCCAUUUGUGAUCUAUGCCGAUUGUGAGGCUUUCAUAGAACCUCUGUCCGCUGACAAUAAAAUCGGUCAUUCGACAUUCCAAAAGAACAAGCAUGUAGCCUGUUCCUGUUCGUACAUUGUAGUACGAUCUGAUGGCGUCGUCACGAACCGUUUCUUCUACCGUGGAGAAGAUUCUAUGUUCUGUUUUCUGCUGUCACUUGAGCAAGAGGAGGAGACUAUCCGUGAUGAGCUUCUAGCAUGUAAUGCUGGUCAAAUGAUCAUUUCAGAAAGUCAGCAACGUGAAUUUGAAACGGUAGUCUCCUGUUGGAUCUGUGGUGAAGCGUUGGGUAGCGAUCGUGUACGUGACCACUGUCACAUCACCGGUGCUUAUCGUGGUGCAGCACACAACCAUUGUAACCUGAACAUGCGGAUUGAGCCAUUAAAGAUUAAGAUUCCUGUGAUCUUUCAUAACUUGAAGGGAUACGAUUCUCAUCACAUCAUAUCUGCCAUUGGGAGAACGUCCAUUGAUGAGAUUACGUAUGUGAACAAGAAAGGACAAGAACGGGUACGUUACAUACGCGUGGUGUGUGUGUGUGUGUGUGUGUGUGUGUGUGUGUGUGUGUGUGUGUGUGUGUGUGUGUGUGUGUGUGCGUGUGUGUGUGCGUGGAUCAUGAUGUUUUUCUAAGAAGGAAGAUCAUUACUAUGUUGGUACUCAUAUUCACGUUUAUAUGAUUGAUAUUCAUCUUUACAGCUGCACCUUAAAACUGUGUCUCCUCUUUUUCUUUCUUCUUCUCAGA